AUGGCAUCACUUCUCCAACCUUUCCCCGCCUUGCGCCGCGGUGCGCCUAGAUUGUCCCGGGAAUUCUUCACCUGCCGCGCCUGUCUGCGCACUGGGACCGGAGCAUCUGUUCGCGCAGCAUCAUCCGCAGCUUCAGCUUCAGCUCUCCGUUCUCUUAACUCCGCGGCAACUGCGCGACGACCCGUCUUCAAAUCAGUUGGCAAGACGCCCUUCUUACAAGCAUUUCGCUCCAAUUCCAGCCACGCCAGCAGCAGCACAACGACCAGUCCUCUAGGAUCCCUCGGAAAGACUAUUGGCGGAGCUGCCUCUUCAACGUCUUCCAAGACGAGCUCGUUCCCCGAAACCAGCAGUAAAAUCGUCGCAUACUGGCUACUCGGCAGCGCCGCCAGCGUCUUUGGCAUUGUCAUUUUCGGCGGCUUAACUCGUCUCACAGAAUCAGGACUCAGCAUCACCGAAUGGCGCCCCGUCACUGGAUCCCUCCCGCCCAUGAGCGCCGAUGACUGGGAAGCCGAAUUCACGAAAUACAAGUCCUCGCCCGAAUUCGCCCUGCUCAACUCGAAAAUGGACCUCCCCGAAUUCAAAAAGAUCUACUACAUGGAAUGGACGCACCGUCUGUGGGGACGGUUCGUCGGCCUCUCCUUCCUGCUUCCGACCAUCUACUUCAUCGCGCGGCGGCGCGUCUCCCGGCCCAUCGCACGUAACCUCGUCGGGAUCACACUCCUUAUCGGCUUCCAGGGCGUAUUAGGCUGGUGGAUGGUCAAAUCCGGGCUGAAAGACGACCUCUUCGCCCCCGGCAGCCACCCGCGCGUCAGCCAGUACCGCCUGACCGCCCACCUGGGCGCCGCCUUCCUCUGCUACGUCGCGAUGCUGUGGAACGGGCUCUCGAUUCUGCGCGAGAACAAGCUCGUGGCUGACCCCGUGAACGGCGAAAAGGCCCUCAACACCCUGCGUCUGCCUCAACUCAAAUUCUUCCGGCGCUCCGUCGGCGCACUCGCCUGCCUUGUAUUCAUUACCGCCAUGUCCGGCGCCCUCGUCGCGGGUCUCGAUGCAGGACUCAUCUACAACGAGUUCCCCUACAUGGGUCUCGGGCUGACGCCGCCCAAGUCCGAGCUCUUUAGCGACUUUUACUCGCGCAAGCCCGACGGCAGCGAUAUCUGGUGGCGCAACGCCCUGGAGAACCCGUCCCUCGUGCAGCUCGACCACCGCGUCCUCGCCACGACGGCCUUCACCGCCAUCGUUUCCCUCUGGGCUUACUCCCGCUUCUCCCCCGCCGUCAGGGCCGCCCUGCCCCGCAAUGCCAGAAAGGGCAUGCUCGGCGUCGUCCACCUUGCGUCCCUCCAGGUCGUCCUUGGCAUUUGCACGCUCUUGUACCUCGUCCCCACCCACCUCGCGGCGACUCACCAGGCGGGCGCCCUCGCGCUCCUCACCGGCACUGUUGUCUUGGGUAGUCGUGUCUGGAUCCCCUCUCGCGCGGCCAGACUCGUCGCUGCUCGUCUGAGUCGGGCUGCCUCCUCGUCAUCUUCGCAUGCGCCCCGUCCAACGCCAAGAGGGUUUGCUGCUGGGUCUGUCGGGCCAAUUAAGUCGACUUCAUAG